CUAUACUUAUUCGUUGUGUUAUUUUGUCUAAUUUUUUUUUUUAAUAUUUCGAUCGUAUGAACCUAUCGAUGGAAAUAUGUAUAUCAACAUUAACAUCACGGGCCGCGUAAUCGUACUUUCUCAUUGUAAUUUUCGCGGUUUUGUUUGACGUUCUAUGUCAUUACUUGUGUGAAAGGAACGCGCUUAAUUUCCUGAUUGGUAGCUCUGAAAUAUUGUUACGCUUCCCGGAGCCAGAAUGCUGGAAACACAGGAGAGGGGAUACUUUCAUUGGGCAGAUUGGCUGGUGUUCGCGCUGAUGCUAGCCGUAUCUGCCACCGCAGGAUUAUGGCAUUACAGGCGAGCGCAGAAGUCGAGCACGGAAGAUUAUCUCUUAGGAGGAAAGAGUAUGGGUCUCUUUCCCGUGUCCGCUUCCCUCAUUGCCAGCUUCAUAUCUGGCGUGACGAUUCUUGGAACACCCGCGGAGAUAUACAAUUUUGGAACACAAUAUUGGAUUACUAUUAUCUCAAUAUUCUUUUCGGGCGUCGUCGUGGCUUUUAUUUACGCUCCAGUCUUCGUUUCGCUAGGAUUGAAUUCCGUUUACGAGUAUUUGGAAAUGAGAUUCAAUCGUGGUGUAAGGAUACUCAUAUCGGCGAUUUUCCUCGUUGAUGUGGUACUUUACCAAUCGAUCGUGGUCUACGUUCCAGCGUUGGCGCUAAAUCAAGUCAGCGGCAUUGAUGUACAUUUGAUCGGGAUCAUUGUAUGCCUUGUAUGCGUGUUCUACACUGUUCUGGGUGGUAUCAGGGCAGUAGUUUGGACGGAUGCGCUUCAGGUCGGAGUCAUGAUUGCCGCUGUACUAACUGUUAGUAUAUUGGGUACUUAUCAAAUGGGCGCCGCUGAAAUAUGGAAGAUGUCAUUGGAAGCCAAUAGAAUUGAAUUUUUAAACUUUGAUACGUCUCCUUAUAUAAGGCAUACAGUAUGGACCGUGUUAAUUGGUUCGUGGCUCUAUAGCACCGCUUACAUUGCUGUCAAUCAAACUAUGGUACAGCGGUAUAGGUCGUUGAAAGAUUUGAAAACGUCCAAACUAUCAUUAGCGAUAUUUACUAUCAGUAUUAUGUUAUUCAUUUCAUUAUGCUGCUGGUGCGGCCUCGUCCUUAUAGCCUGGUGGUCUCCACCUAAGUGCGAUCCUAGAGCUACCGGUCUGAUAACUGCUGACGAUCAGUUAUUGCCCGCUUAUGUAAUGGAAAUUGCGAAAAAUUUACCUGGAGUACCGGGCCUCUUUAUUUCUGGAAUUUUUGGAGCAGCUCUUAGUACCCUGUCUGUAGGCCUUAAUUCAACGGCCGUAGUGGUCCUGGAAGAUUUCGUGAAGGGUUGCUUCGGCUUGAAACUGACCGACCGAUGCUCCCACAUCUUUGUAAAAUGUCUGGUUGUCUUGCUUGGUUGCAUAGCUCUGGGUUUGCUAUUCCUGGUCGAGAAACUAGGAGGAGUUUUAGCUAUAACUGGAAGUCUAGCAGCAAUAGCUGCAGGCACUUCUUUCGGAGUGUUCACGCUAGGUAUACUCUUUCCAUGGACGAAUGCUAAGGGUGCGUUUAUGGGUGCUAUCGUAGGAUUCGUGAUCGCUGGCUGGGCGAGCUUAGGUGCAAAUUGGUCUAUCGGUGCUGGGUUGCUGGUUCCUAAGAAACUUCCAGUUCCCCUUUCUCAUUGCCCAGGCAAUAUCUCCGAAAGUUUCCUGAAACAGUUUGAUCGUCCGAACGAAGACGAUGUGUUUCCUCUGUAUCGAUUAUCGUACCACUGGUUUACUGGUUUAGGCACGUUAAUCGUUAUCGUCGUAGGCAAUUUCAUUAGCUGGUGGACUGGUCCUACGGAUCUUUCUUCUGUUGACAAAAGACUGCUUUCGCCGUUAAUUCAUUCAUUGUUACCGGCACCAAAGGACGAAAAUAUUGUUCCUAUUGGAAAUAACGCUGGAAAUAACGAUUUGGCAACAACAGCAAGUCUCUUAUUAUAUGAUCUAAAGAAGAAAAGGAGAAGUCAAAAUUUUCCUAACGGGAUUACAACAUAAUCCAUGCAUCAGGAUUGAAUAGCUUGCUGAACAUUUAUAAACACAUUGGAGCUAAACCACUGCUAUGAUGCUGUGGAUAAUGCAAUACUGAAAGUAAAAUUUUCGGGUCGGACGCAUGUGAAAUUUUACUUCUCUUGUUUGUCCCUCUUUCGGUACUUAUUUAGGUUUAAACACCAUUGUAGACAAUACUGUUCACAUCGUUAUAAGUCGUAGAUCGACUUACUCACAUAAAGCAAGGUUUUGUUAGUAAGGUCAUAUUAGGACGCAGUUACUAGAGACGUUUACGAAAUGUUUUAUAUAACUUUUAGAGUAUAUACAGAAUAAAUUUUUAUAUUAUA